AUGGCGGCCAGUAGAGAAGAUAUGCUCGAGGUAGCCGGUGCCAUAGGAUAUGAGAUUCCGGAAAAGGACAUCGAGGAGUAUACCACACUGCUUAGUAGGAUGAAAGGGGUUCUUGAGUCCCUAUCAGAGAUGGACGAUUACACACCAACGCCAGAUUUUGCGAAGUCACCACGGAACAGCGUCCACUUCCCGGACAAAGCAGACAACCCGCUGAACGCAUGGGCGUGGCGUUGCGACUGCACGCACACCGCACCUUCCUCGUGCCUGCUGCGGGGCAAGACGGUAUGCCUCAAGGACAAUAUAGCGCUGGCCCAGGUGCCGUGCCUGCUGGGCACGGAAUCCUUCACUGAUUGGACGCCUGAGGUGGACGCCACGGUGGCGACGCGCAUCCUCGAGGCGGGCGGCACCAUCGCCGGCAAGGCCGUCUGCGAGAAUCUGUCGCGCGGCGCCGUGUCCGUCAGCGCGGCCACAGGACCCGUGCACAACCCGUGGGCCGCGGGCUACUCGGCGGGCGGGAGCAGCUCAGGCACGGCGGCGCUGGUGGCGAGCGGUGCGACGGACGUGGGCGUCGGCUGCGAUCAGGGUGGGAGCAUCCGCAUCCCGGCGGCCAUGUGCGGGCUCUGGGGGCUGAAGGCCACCUUUGGCCUGGUGCCGUAUACGGGAAUCGCGAGCAAUGAUGCCAGCGUGGAUUUCGUCGGGCCCAUGGCCCGAACGUGCAUGGACUGCGCGACGCUUCUGGGGGCGAUCGCUGGCGUGGACGGGCUUGAUGACCGGCAGGUCGCCGGUUGCCCCUUCCCAGGGCAGGUGCCAGGAUACGCCGGGGAGCUGUCCAGGAGUGGGAGAACCGGCGCAGCAGGAUUGAGGAUCGGCAUACUUAAUGAAGGCAUCUCUAGCCCUGUCUUGGAGGAGGAGUUGAAGAACAAAUUCCUUGCUGCGGCGAAAGAGUUCGAGAAGCUGGGUGCCACCGUCGAAGAGGUCUCGGUUCCCAUGCACGGCUCGGCGCGUACGAUCUACAGCGUCAUGAGCAAGAUGGGCAAUCACAUGGGCAUGCUUGGUCGAGCGACUGGGCGGAGGCAGCUCAUGAUGACGGACCUCUUUGAGAAGAAAAACUUUCCUUAUACGCAAGACGCGCUGUCGAAGAUGAGUGUCUUCAGCAAGGAAGGUCUGUUUUCAGGAGAGCUUGGGUGGACGCAUUACCCAUUCGCAUACUCGAAGGCCGUCAACCUGGCUAGGAAACUUAGGGAUAACUAUGACGCAGCGCUGGAUACAUACGAUCUACUUAUCAUGCCGACGACGUUGCGGCCGUCAUUUCCCUUUCCACCCGCGGAUGCGAGUCCGCUAGAGCACAUUGAUGCGAACAAGGGCAUGACAGAAAAUACGGCGGCUUUCAAUGCUAGCGGACAUCCUGCCCUUGCGAUGCCCAUUGGUUUCGUUGCGUCGAAGGCAAAUCAAGACAUCAGAGUGCCUGCUAGUAUGCAAAUCGUGGGUCGAUUUUGGGACGAAAGUACAAUAUUCAAGGCAGCGUAUGCCUGGGAGCAGUGCAUAGACUGGAAAUCAUUUUAA